AGACAGAAUUUAGAUCAAAUACUCAUCCUGCUGCUGCCUGUUGCUGAGUGGAAGACAACAGAAAACCCUGGAUUCAAACCUCCACUAGGUUUUUGUUUUCCUUGUUUUGUUUCCUUUCAUUUUGCCUUAAGAAGAUGACCAGUGAAACCACAACUCUGAUAUCCUUGAAGGAGGCGAUGAAAAGAGUAGACCACAAACUCCAAGGUUUAGAAGCACAGUUUAAAGAAAUGGAUUUCACCAAGGAUAGUCUGACCCGGAGAUUUGAACAGCACAGCAAGGCUUUGGUAAGCCAGGCAGCCCAGGAUGAGCUGUGGAGAGCAGUUCUGGCCCCCAAAUUCACUUCAAUGGAACUGAAUAUUUUAUACAGCUACGUCACUGAAGUUCUCAUCUGCUUGCACACUCGUGUGCUUGACAAGCUGCCAGACCUGGUGCGAGGUCUUCCCACCUUAACCUCUAUCCUGAGACGAAAAGUCAAGAACCAGCGCGUUGGAGUUGUGUGGGAGUCUGUCCUGGAGGAGUGUGGGCUGCAAGAAGGAGAUAUCACAGCCCUUUGUACCUUCUUUAUUGCCCAUGGCCACAGGGCAGAAUACUAUGGUGCUAAAGUGAGGCAGAUGUAUAUCAGGGAUGUCACCUUCCUAAUCACUAACAUGGUAAAGAAUCAGGCUCUGCAGGAUGGUUUACUGAAGGCUGUUCAGAUCAUUGAGAAGGGGAAAGCAGUGAGGGCUCCUGAAGAGCAAAAGUCAUUGCUAAAAGAGUUGCUACCAUCAGUCAGAAACUAAUUUUGAUGACCAAGA